AUGGCCGGAAGUUUGAGAUCGGGAAAGAGGAUGCGGGCUGCGUGCUGGUGCGCCGUCUUUCUCCUCACACCGGCGCUGUGUCUGGUUUCAAGUGUUGAUGGUUCCAUCCCAGGGAAGUCGGAGCUACUUAAGUCAGGGAGCCCCAAAUCGACAUUAAAGCACAUAUGGACAGAAAGCACCAAGGACUUGUCCAUCAGUCGUCUGCUGUCACAGACUCUGAAUGGGAAGGAGAAUGCCACAGCCCUGGAUCUUCGCUAUGACACACCAGAGCCCUAUUCAGAAUGGGACUUAUGGGACUGGCUGAGGAAUGCCACCGAACUCCAGGACUCGAGGCCCAGGGCCAAACGGCGGCCCAUGGUCAAGACAGGAAAAUUCAAGAAGAUGUUCGGAUGGGGAGACUUCCACUCCAACAUCAAGACAGUCAAGCUCAACCUUCUCAUCACCGGCAAGAUUGUCGACCAUGGCAAUGGUACCUUCAGCGUUUAUUUCCGCCACAACUCAACAGGCCAGGGCAAUGUAUCCGUCAGUCUAGUGCCGCCAACCAAGAUCGUGGAGUUUGAUGUGACAGCGCAGCAGUCAGUCAUUGAUGCCAAGGACUCCAAGUCCUUCAACUGCCGCAUUGAGUAUGAGAAAGUUGAGAAGGGCUCCAAGAACACGCUGUGCAACUAUGACCCAUCCAAGACGUGCUUCCAGGAGCAGACACAGAGUCAUGUCUCCUGGCUCUGCUCAAAGCCCUUCAAAGUCAUCUGCAUCUACAUCUCCUUCUACAGCACCGACUACAAGCUGGUGCAGAAAGUCUGCCCGGACUAUAAUUACCACAGCGACACUCCCUACUUCCCCUCGGGCUGAUGGAUGCCACUGAUGUGAAGGACAACACAGGCAAUGUGGGACUCUCUCUCCCCAACCACAACAAAUAUGUGUUUCUUGUACCUUCCAAAUAUGUGACCCAGAAUUAAUUCAAUAUUUCAGAUGGGAUUCCAUUUUUUUUUCCCCACACGUAUUUUAAAAAUGUAGUUCUUAUGGUUUAAAGUGUCAGUCUGGUUCUUAAUUUAGAAUAGCUUCUUUGUAAUUGUUAUUGUUUUAGUUGGUUUAAUUAAUGAAACGUCUGAUCACAAUUAUAGGGGUAGUAAAUUCUGCCAAUUGAUAUUUGCCAGCUGUAUAUUUAUUUGUUUGUUUGUUUGUUUGUUUGUUUGAUUUAUUCAAAUGAAAUUUAUAUUUUCAUCCUGUAUGUCACUUUUAUUUCUAUAUAUUCCAGUAUAAAUGUUCAUUUCUUGAAUAUCUUGAAUGUAACAAGAUUAUUUUAUUAGAUUUUUUUUUUCUUAAAUCCCUUAACAAUAUGUGUAUGUUAAGACAGUAUAUUUUACCAACCAUUCACCAGAACAGAUGUACAGAAGAGAAAUUUGAAGUGAAUACUUUAAUUAGAAUCUAAAAGAAAUUUCCCUCAUCCAUCCAACUGUGUAAGGUACACAAGAAUCCCCAAGCUUUGGUGAAUACUGUCUUGAGAUCUAAGAAUGACCCCAAGAUCUGUCGGUAUGUUUAUGGACAAAAUAAUGGUUUUCGUCUGAGAUGCCUUGACUCGGGGCAUGUUUUCUAUGUUAAAAUAAAAGAAGCAGAACUGUGAGAACCUGAUUAACAACAGUUGUUCCUCAGCCUUUGUCCUAUUACUGUAAUAAUCCUGGAUGAUACAGCCCACACUGUCUCCUGUAGUGUCAAUAUGAUCCAGCCAUGGUUUGACAGUUUGCUCAUUGCCAUUAUAAUACACAGUAAUGUAUUGAAUUCUAUAUCUUAGAGCUUAAUUUGUAUGAAUGGUUUGUAUUGUACAUAGUCAAUCCCAAUGGAGCCACUUCUGUAUAUGCGCUCAUCUCCUAUCUGGCGAUCCUCUUCCCUUCAUCCUUUCCCCCCCUUUCUCUCUAUGCCACGUCCCAUAUCUGUUCCUGGUUUCUUGGGCAAAGAAAAUGAUGUUGCUGAUGUAGAUGUAAAUUUCAUGCUCUUGUACAGCAGCUGUAAAAGCUGUCUAAAAAUAUAUAAGUACUUACCAUCUGUAUGAUCAUGGUUACUUUCAGGUCAAACUGGGGGUGGAGAUGUGUAUAUAUGAAUAAAAUACUGAAAGUUUUAUCAGUUGAUUUUUUUUUUUUUUUUUUUUUGAGUCCUUUUAAGUUACCUAGGAUCUUAAUGACAAAGUAAAAUAAAGAUAUGGUUUAGAAAUGUAUCUGUGUAAGAUUCAAUUUACAGAAUGUUGUAUUGAAUGUGUUUAAUUAAUUGUGCAGAACAGAACAGUACCUUAUUCUCGGCAACUGAACGUGAUUGCAAAAGUUAGAGACUGAGUGCAGAGGCCUAAUAACGUCUGUUCAGAGAGCUCAGAUGUCCUCAGACUUGGCACUUAAUAUCAGCAGUCCCCUUUAAAGUGAUUAGAGCAUCCGGUGGGAGACAUGAACAGUGCCUAGCUGGCUCAUGACUUAUCAGUAAUUAAAAAGGAUGCCAGGUUUCACCGUUCAGAGGGGGCCUUUAUAGGAUUUCUCAUUUGAGUUGCUCACUUUUUAAUUAGCCUUAAGAAUUUAGAGUUGGGUAUAAUUACACAAGUUUAUAAUAUACACUAUAUACAGAGAGUAAACAUUACUUCCACUUCUCAUGCUACUGUAUAUAUCUUGUUAAUUAUACAAUAGUUAACUAAAGGCCAUAAAGCUCAUCGAUUUAUAUCAAUAUUCACCAAUUGUCCCAUCCUGCCUGGUAUAGUAUAUGCAAAUCAGUUUAGCAGGCUCAGGCUCUUAAGCUCUUUCAUGAACCAUGAUCGCUUAGGAAUAAUCUCAUCAGUACCAUCAAACCUCAUUAUACUGCCAUGAAUAUAAAUCAUUGCUGAGACUUUCACAAAAAAAGAAUAGAAAUAAUAAUAAAAAAAGAAACAAUGAUGCAUUUAAUACAUUUGCUUGGUCCAUCAACAGCCCCCCUCCUGUGAAUGUGUCUA